AGACAGUCCAUUUCUUAGACCUAACUUUGCGGUAGUUCUUCGGUAGGGGCUGAUAACAGUGAUAAGAUCUUAUCAACCAGCUUGGACCUUGGACCUUUGCGACGAAAGCUUGAACGCUCUUCAAUCAUACCACAACACCCAACAUCAACCAUCAAGAGUUCACUUUUUACUACACGUUUCAUCUCCAUUUACGUGUGCUAAAGUUAUAGUAUCUUCUACUUGAUUGAUAAAUGUAACCAACCCACCGGAAGCCUAUCAAAAUGGCGACCGGGGGAGAGGGUAGAAAAGGUCUCGACGACGAGGGUACCAUCAACGUCGCCUCGAAGAAGGUCACCAAAGACAAACCCAACGGCGUGAUCAAGUUGAAGAAGCCUGUUCCGAAGCACAUUAAACCUGGCAAUUGGAGAGAGGGUGCAAUCGUUAAUGACGAGAAAAAACCCAAGGCUACCGAGCACCCAUCUAUCAUCGGCUCGUUAUCUCCCGGACCUGUGGUGAAUCAACUGGACGAAUCUUCCCGCGACACCUUUGCGACCGGACGUCCCCUCGAAGACAACCUUAAUCUUCAACAAUGCAAGCACUGCAAGAAGGGAAUUAUCAAGACGGCCGCAAAAGAACAUAUUGCACAGUGCCUACGAAUCAAGAAGGAGAAAGCGCAACGUAAGAAGGAGGCACGGGAGGCAAGAGAACGAGCAAAGGAGCAGGCUCGAGAAGAGGAGGCCCGAAAAAACGACGAAGAUGGCGACGCUAAGAUGAAUGACGAUAGCGACGAUGACGACGACGGAUCUCUAAAGAAAGGCACAGGUGGCAAGGCUUCGAAGAAGGUAGGCGGGAAGAAACCUGAUGGCGAACCCAAGGGCAAGAAGCGCAAGGCCGACGGUGACGCCGAGAAGGGACCCAAAAGCAAGAAGAAAAAGGAAGAACCGAAGCCAAAGGUCCCUAAGCCUAAAGGCCCUGUGGACGUCGAGAAGCAAUGUGGUGUUAUAUUACCGAACGGACAGCCGUGUGCCAGAUCGUUAACAUGUAAGAGCCACAGUAUGGGGGCUAAGCGGGCCGUCGCCGGCAGAUCGUUACCAUACGAUAUGCUACUGGCUGCAUAUCAGAAGAAGAACCAGGCUAAACAGCAGAAGGCUGCAUUGGAUGCGAACGCUCCUCUGGAGGACGACGAUGACGCUAACGCCGGACCUGUCGACUCUGAUGAGGAGACCGCGGCAGUCAUGGGCGCGUUAGCUCGAUGGAACCCGCAACCUGUCGUUCCACAACCCAUCUUUGCGCCGAUCAAGCGAACGUAUCAGCUCGCACGCCUUCACGAACAGCUUCAAACGGCAACCAAUGGUGGGCGCACGAAUAUUUUCAAGGUGGUAGGAUUUGGUGCUCAGAAGCUCCCGGACAACCACGCUGCCAACCAUACUGCUAUAAGUAUGGAUAUGGACGACGCACCUGGAGAGCCAGACCUGGGAGCGAUAAGCGCCAUGGGCAUUAGACGAUCCUCGAGUAUCAGCAUGCAAGCCAACUCGAGACGACCGUCCGUGAUAGGCCGGGCAUAGCACUAACGGUAUACACGCGACAUCUAACGAUUUCUACGCCUAGGUUGACACGAGAACGUUCGUGGAGAGCGUGGAGUGUAAGCAGAUGGGCUUGUUUUCAACUUUUCAACUCUUUCCUAACAAAUGUUAAAUAUUGUGAGGCAGAAUCGGUUACCACCCUAUCCGUCAUCGCGUUCAUGUACCACUACCAGGGAGUUCUGUCUCUUCGAAUAACGAUGUGUAAAUUGAGGGUUGGAUACUGGGUAAUUGAGUGCAUUUGGGUGGGUCAGUCACUGCCAUUUUAGGCGCGUAUUGGGGAUACCAGCUCGAGGGCACCUGGCAUGCGAUUUUGGCGUUCGGAUUACUUAGCAACUUGGGGCGUUAGGCAUGUGAGAAGCAAGAAUCAAGAACCUUGAAGUAAGAAGCAAGAGGCGGGGACAGGUCAGCAGGUAUCUUGUGAUUUGCUGUUGACUCGUCUAACGUCGGCCUCGGAAUGCGAUAGGUCAAAGAUACCUUAGCUGCCUAGGUAGUUUUAGGAUCCGUACUUAUGUAUGUAGGUACGUACCUAUGUAUGUGCGACUCGGCUUAUCCAUUCAAUGGGAGUGAUUCGGAAUACCUACCUAGGUAG